GGUAAAGUACCAUGGAAAUUGUAUAUAUACACACUAGCCGGCCUGCAACAACCAGACUACAACCACAGGUAGCCUUCUAGCCAUGGCAGCCAACGCCAAGCUUCUGCUGUUUCUGUGCCUCACCCUUGUGGGAUCUACUACCGCCGCCAGACUCCAGGUGUCUGGCACGAAUUUGGUUUACAAUGGCGAGAAGGUUUUCCUCAACGGAGUAAACUACGCGUGGAACAAUUACGGCUACGACUUUGGCAAUGGAGGAUACUCGGGCACGCUGGAGCAAUGGCUGAGGGAUAUUGGGGCCGCCGGUGGCAACUCUGUCCGUGUAUGGGUACACGUGGAGGGCUACAGUACUCCAGAAUUCAACAGCGAUGGAUACGUGGUCGGCUGUGACAGAACCGGGCAGUUUGAAGAUGAUGUGCUCAGGUUCCUGAACGCUGCAAAGGACAACAACAUUCUGGUGGUGUUGGUUUUGUGGAACGGAGCUUACCUCACCAACCAACCAGCUAUUAACUUGAUCUGGGAUGACUCUAAGCUUAACUCCUACAUCGACAACUGUCUCAACAGGCUGAUGCACAAGAUCAAGGGCCACCCUGCCUUGGGCGCCGUGGAGGCAGUGAAUGAGCCCGAGGGGUCCGUGAAGGUGGAGGGCAACUCCGAGUACUGCUACGACACCAGUAUCAUCGGCCAGAGCGGUGCCGGCUGGACAGGCAAGAACAUCCCUAUGGAGAGGUAUCUCCGCUUCAUCGGCCGCCAGAAUGAGGCUGUGCGCGCCGUUGACCCCGAAACACUUAUCACACUUGGCUCCUGGGGCCAGUUCGCGCAGAGUGACGCCUUUGGGAACACCCGGAAUCACUACAGGGACGAGUGUCUCAACAAGGCCGCCGGCGGGGGUAACGCGGGUCUCGACUUCUACCAGAUGCACACCUACGCCUGGGGCAGCUCCUGGAGUCCCAACGCCCCCUUCACGGUGGACGCUUGGAACUACAAUCUGGACAAGCCGAUAGUGAUUGGUGAGUAUGCCUCUGUCUGCGCCCAGAGCGGCGACAGCCUGCCGGGACUCUUCCGGUACGCCUAUGAGCACGGCUACAGCGGCGGCUGGAGCUGGCACUACUUGGCUUCCGGGGAGUGUUCUGACACCCGCCAGGCUCAGCUAGACGCCCUGGGCACGCUGGCUGGCCGCACUGAUCACGGCAAAGUGGACAUCGUUGUCGGAUAACUUGAAUAACUACCAUGGAUACCUUAAUUUUAUUCCUCCAGCCACCUCUCCUCUCCAUUGCCACCGACGCCUGGAACAUUUGGCUUGAUACGUUCAGCAUUUUGGGUGACAUACUGAAUGAUACUAAAAAUUAAGUUUAUGAAGUGAUGGUUGUGAGCUAGUUGGAAUAAAGUCAGCAUUGGAAA